AAACCGCUACUGAGCUGUGCGCGCGUGGCGUACGGUUACUAUAGCAACGACAGAAACGGGCAUCACCUGCACUAGCACUAGCUCAACAACUCCAGAAUCCACUUUGUUCGUUUAUUUUUAUCAUCUCUAAUUUGCUUGUUGAGCAAAAUGGACGCGACGGUGAUGCUGCCCGUUGAAGCCGAGGGCUUUGUCCAAAGCCUGGAGACCUUCUCCCUCAAGGAAGUGGGCUCUGCGAGGUGGUUCAGACAGCACGAGUACAUGGAGAAACUUAACAUGCAAGCUAUACUGAACGCUUCUGGAACACACGACGAGUUUGUUAAGGAGCUCCUGGUGUCGUUUGGAAAGAUACCGGUGCUGAUCCACGAGAUGAUCCUCACUGAAGUGUGGAAGCAAAAACUGUUUCCCAUCUUGUGUCAGCUGCAGGACUUCAACCCCAAGAACACGUUCCAUCUUUACAUGGUGAUACAUCAUGAGGCCACGAUCAUAAAUCUACUUGAAACAAUAAUGUUUCAUAAGGAUUCUUGUGAUGCAGCUGAUGACGCUGUUCUUGACUUGGUGGAUUACUGCCAUCGCAAACUCACCCUGCUGGCCAGUAAAGCAACUCACAGUAAAGACGACCUAACAGUGAAAGGAACUGUGUCCUCCAUAGAGGAGUUACAGAGUCAAAGUGCUGCACUGGAGUUUGAGAUUUCCCUGAAGUCUGUGUCUGUCCUGCGCUACAUUACAGACCACACUGACAGUAUCAGUGUUAUCAAUCGCAUGCUGUGCACUCACAACCUGCCCUGUGUACUGGUUCAGCUGAUUCACUGCUGCCCUUGGAGUCGCUGCAGGGAGGGUAUAGUAGAAAAGUACAUAAACAACAAAUGGCAGAAGAUUCCUGUAGAGGACCAUCUAAAGAUGACAAAACUAGAUGGACAAGUGUGGAUUUCUCUUUACAAUCUGCUGCUGAAAGAAGACUGCCAGAGGAAAUAUGACUUCAACAGCUUCAAUAAGAACCAGCUUCUAAAGCUCAGAGGAUUCUUGACUGAGGUGUUGAUUGAUCAGCUGCCACAUCUGGUGGAACUUCAGCGUUUUCUCGCACAUCUUGCUGUGACUGACCCAGCCCCUCCAAAAAAAGAGCUAAUUUUAGAACAGAUACCAGAAAUGUGGAACCAGAUUGUUGGUGAGAAUUCUGGAAGGUGGAAGGCAAUCGCAAAGUAUCAAGUCAAAGAAACGUUCAACCCCUCUGAGAGUGAGCUGAGACUACAGGCACAGAGCCUGGCCCAGACGUAUAGCUUGGAUGUAAUGGAGAGUUUGCUUCCUGAGAAGCCGAAGUGUGGAUCUUGUGGGAAAGAGGCUGCGAAGAGAUGUUCUCGAUGUCAGGGAGAAUGGUACUGUCGCAGAGAAUGUCAGGUGAAACACUGGCCUAAACACAAGAAAGCCUGUCAGCUCAUGACUGAGGCCACAGAGAGGAUCCAGAGGGACCUGAACAUCAGCAGCUGAUAGAGAACCAGAUGAACUGGCCACAGAUGCAAGAUGAGGCAGCCUGAGACUCAGAGAGAUGGGAGGAGAACAGAUCUGGUGACAACGGGGAUCUCAGAUACCACACUGUUGUUUCGGUUCCGUCCCAUAAAACGUUAUGUCUAAAGGCCGCUCCUCCACCUCUUUGUUUGAAUCAUUAAAUCCUGUCAUUUUUAAUAAAGGACUUAAGGUUUUUUAGUUUCUUCUCGUUCAAAGUUCCUUCUACAAAU